AUGUUAGGACUCAACUCUGUAAGGGAGGGUAUCGAUGCAAAAGCGUCAUAUAGAUUCAAGAUGGCGACAUUAAACAAGUCGGAGUAUGUUCUAGAUGAGCUAGUGUGUUUUCUGAGCAACCCUUUGUUUCAAAUUCCAGUUCUUUCGUUUAUGGAAACCAAGUGUUUGAUAUUCAACCCUAGUAUUGAAGACACACCAAGUUACCAUGACAUUCAAGAAGAAUAUAGUAAAUUGGUAGAUUUACUGCUGGAAGGGUUUAGAACAGACACAGGAUUAUCCCAUGAGCAGAUCAUUGAAGCCAUGAAAACCAUCAUUUCAAAACCUGAGUUGAGGGAUGUAUUUCAGGUGUUGUACGAUCAAGUGGCCGCUACAUUGGACUACCAGCUGUUUGUGCGCAUCAUGACACAAAAAAACAUGGACCUGCAGCAGCAAGCUCUGCUGCUUAUCUCGCAGAUGCUGGGUGGGAACCUGCCUGAAAGUCUGAUGAAGGACAGCGCUGCUAGUAUAGGUGUGUCUUGGGGCAGUGGUCAGCCUAACUCUUCAGAUGAGGACCAGAUUCUGUUGGCAGCUUUGGCAACGUCUAAAGAAGAAUACGAGAGAGAGCGUGAACAGACUGAGGAGGAACAGGAUGAGCUGAAGUUGAUCAUUGAACUAUCACAAGCCACCAACAUCAUGCUACACCAUCCUGUCAAGAAGGAAGAAGAACAACUACAUGAUUCAUUUCAGAAAUCUUUGUCUUUGAAGGAUGGAUCUGGUGAAAGUCCCAAACCAUCUGUACCAAAACCAACCUCAGUUCCUCCCCCUGCCGUAUAUACAUCAAAAAAACAGUCAGCUCCCAUCACAGACACAAAGCCAAAGCCAGCAGCGAGCUCUGUAACAGACACAAAGCCAACAGCAAGCCCCAUCUCUAGCGCUGAUGCUGCUGCUGCGUGGAUGAAGUCGGCUGAGACUGAAGUGAAUUCUUCUGACGCUCAUUUAAAGGCUGUACAGGCAGCUGCUGCCAGCAUUGCUGGAGUGUCAGAGGAAGAGUUUAAAAAGAGAUCAGAGUUCUUACGCCAGCAGCGGGAUAAGCUCAUGGAGAUGAAGAGGAAAGAGCGAGUGAAAAAACUUUUAUCUGCGGAGCAGUCCCAGCCACAACGACCAGCUUCAGCACGGGCUGCCAGAGCUGCCUUAAGACAAGCUCAGGAACCCACCAAACCCACAGCUGAGGAGGAAGCUAAACUAGCUCUUCGUAAUACUAUUGCAAGAAACCUGAAGGCUGAAUUACUCAACAAAAAGUAAUUUUUUACUUGACAAAGUCAGAGAUUAUUCAGUUCGGUUAUUUUCUCAGUCUUUGAAUACUUAGCAUUUAUGUUUCUAUUUUUUAAGCUGUUACUUCUUUCACAGUUGUUUACUAUGUUCAAAUACAACAGGGGAGAUAACAAGAUUAAUUACUAGCAAUUUUACACAGCUGUAUUCACUGAUCUUUUCAUGCCUUAGAACUGACCAAUAACUCUGCUAAAGGACAGAUAAUGAAAACCAUAAGUUUUAGGAUAGGGCCUAUGCUAGAGUUAUUGCUUAAGUUUCCAAGCUAGUAAGUUAUACAUUCAGACCUACAAAUGAAUAAGAUAACUAUUCUGUCCUUGUCAUUUGACAUAGAAAUAUGUAUUGAUAGGGAAAACUCCAGUGAACUCAUGUAAAUAUUUUUGAAGAUAGUGUGUGGUGCUACUAAAAUCAGGUGUGGCUAGAAAA